CUGGAAAGAGAGUCUUUAUCAUUGCCACACAAAGGGCAGCAAAGCGCGCUUCCACAGCCUCUCAACUCCAGUCACUCGGCCAGUUCUUCACUUCAGCACCACGGAGAGCAGCACCUCCUUUCCUACCACCCAUGGGGAGCCAGAUUCCCGCGACUCAGCGCCGGAUUCCGGUCAGCUAGAGGAGGGACAAGUCUGCGUAUUUUACUCUCAAUGUUGGGGAGCAGCACCUUCAAAAACAUGCAGCGCCGUCACACAACGCUGAGGGAGAAGGGCCGCCGCCAGGCCAUCCGGGGUCCUGCCUACAUGUUCAACGAGAAGGGCACCAGCCUCACGCCCGAGGAGGAGCGCUUCUUGGACUCAGCCGAAUAUGGCAAUAUCCCGGUGGUCAGGAAGAUGCUGGAAGAGUCCAAGACCCUGAACUUCAACUGCGUGGACUACAUGGGGCAGAACGCUCUGCAGCUGGCAGUGGGCAAUGAGCACCUGGAGGUCACGGAGCUGCUGCUCAAGAAGGAGAACUUGGCGCGGGUGGGGGACGCGCUGCUGCUGGCCAUCAGCAAGGGCUAUGUGCGCAUCGUGGAGGCCAUUUUGAACCACCCGGCCUUCGCGCAGGGCCAGCGCCUAACGCUCAGCCCGCUGGAGCAGGAGCUGCGGGACGAUGACUUCUACGCCUAUGACGAGGACGGCACGCGCUUCUCCCACGACAUCACUCCCAUCAUCCUGGCGGCGCACUGCCAGGAGUAUGAGAUCGUGCACAUUCUACUGCUCAAGGGCGCCCGCAUUGAGCGGCCCCACGAUUACUUCUGCAAGUGCGCCGAGUGCACGGAGAAGCAGCGCAAAGAUUCCUUCAGCCACUCACGCUCCCGCAUGAACGCCUACAAGGGACUGGCAAGUGCCGCCUACUUGUCUCUGUCCAGUGAAGACCCUGUCCUCACUGCACUGGAGCUAAGCAACGAGUUAGCAAGACUAGCCAACAUCGAGACUGAAUUUAAGAACGAUUACAGGAAGUUAUCUAUGCAAUGCAAGGAUUUUGUGGUGGGCGUGCUGGACCUGUGCCGAGACACAGAAGAGGUAGAAGCGAUUUUAAACGGUGAUGUGAACUUCCAAGUCUGGUCCGACCACCACCGUCCAAGUCUGAGCCGGAUCAAACUCGCCAUUAAAUACGAAGUCAAGAAGUUCGUUGCUCAUCCUAACUGUCAGCAGCAAUUGCUUACCAUGUGGUAUGAAAAUCUCUCAGGCUUACGUCAACAGUCUAUCGCUGUGAAAUUCCUGGCUGUCUUUGGAGUCUCCAUAGGCCUCCCUUUUCUCGCCAUAGCCUAUUGGAUUGCUCCGUGCAGCAAGCUAGGACGAACCCUGAGGAGCCCUUUCAUGAAGUUUGUAGCCCAUGCAGUUUCUUUUACAAUUUUCCUGGGAUUGUUAGUUGUGAAUGCAUCUGACCGUUUUGAAGGAGUUAAAACGCUGCCAAAUGAAACCUUCACAGACUACCCAAAACAAAUCUUCAGAGUGAAAACCACACAGUUUUCCUGGACAGAAAUGCUAAUCAUGAAGUGGGUCUUAGGAAUGAUUUGGUCCGAAUGCAAGGAAAUCUGGGAGGAAGGGCCUCGGGAGUACGUACUGCACCUGUGGAACCUCCUGGAUUUCGGGAUGCUGUCCAUCUUCGUGGCCUCCUUCACUGCGCGAUUCAUGGCCUUCCUGAAGGCCAGCGAAGCGCAGCUGUACGUGGACCAGUACGUGCAGGACGACACGCUACACAACGUCUCACUUCCUCCGGAAGUGGCAUACUUCACCUACGCCAGGGACAAGUGGUGGCCUUCAGACCCUCAGAUCAUAUCAGAAGGACUGUACGCAAUAGCCGUUGUGCUGAGCUUCUCUCGCAUUGCGUACAUCCUGCCAGCCAAUGAGAGUUUUGGACCCCUGCAGAUCUCCUUGGGGAGAACCGUGAAAGAUAUCUUCAAGUUCAUGGUCAUUUUCAUCAUGGUAUUUGUGGCCUUCAUGAUCGGGAUGUUCAACCUAUACUCCUACUACCGAGGUGCAAAGUACAACCCAGCAUUCACAACGGUUGAAGAAAGUUUUAAAACCUUAUUUUGGUCCAUAUUUGGCUUGUCUGAAGUGAUCUCGGUGGUGCUGAAAUACGACCACAAAUUCAUCGAGAACAUAGGCUAUAUUCUCUAUGGUGUUUAUAAUGUCACCAUGGUGGUAGUGCUGCUCAAUAUGCUAAUAGCAAUGAUCAACAACUCGUAUCAGGAAAUAGAGGAGGAUGCAGACGUGGAGUGGAAAUUUGCUCGAGCAAAGCUCUGGCUGUCUUACUUCGAUGAAGGAAGAACUCUACCUGCUCCUUUUAAUCUAGUGCCAAGUCCUAAAUCAUUUUAUUAUUUCAUAAUGAGAAUCAAGAUGUGCCUCAUAAAACUUUGCAAAUCUAAGGCCAAAAGCUGUGAAAAUGACCUUGAAAUGGGCAUGCUGAAUUCCAAAUUCAAGAAGACUCGCUACCAGCCUGGCAUGAGGAAUUCUGAAAACCUGACUGCAAAUAAUACUUUCAGCAAGCCCACCAGAUACCAGAAAAUCAUGAAAAGGCUCAUAAAAAGAUAUGUCCUGAAGGCCCAGGUGGAUAGAGAAAAUGAUGAAGUCAAUGAAGGUGAACUGAAGGAAAUCAAGCAAGACAUCUCCAGCCUGCGCUAUGAGCUCCUUGAAGAAAAAUCUCAAGCUACUGGCGAGUUGGCAGACCUGAUCCAACAGCUCAGUGAGAAGUUUGGAAAGAACUUAAACAAAGACCACCUGAGGGUGAACAAGGGCAAAGACAUUUAACAGCCCACAUUGGCAUCUGUGACUUCUACCAGCAAUCCUAGGCCAGGUUGGAUACCUGGCCACCAGCUCUGGUGGGGACGGGUCCCAGGCCCACUCCCCUAGGACACUAAGGGG